AUGAAGUUUUGGGGACCAUGUUCGGUUGGAUUUUAUAUUUGUGCGGCCAUGCUUUUCAAAGGAUCCCUGCAGGGAGAACACCAGAGGAGGCUGUACAAGGAGCUGCUCGCUAACUACAACCGACUGGAGAGACCUGUGGUCAAUGACUCAGCAGCCAUCCUGGUGGAGCUGGGCCUCACACUGCUGCAGAUCAUAGACGUGGAUGAGAAGAACCAAGUGUUGAUGACCAACGCCUGGCUGCAGCUGUACUGGACAGAUGUCUACCUGAGCUGGAAUCCAGAAAACUACCCCGGUGUCCAAAACCUGCGAUUCCCUUCAGACCAGAUCUGGACCCCUGACAUCCUCCUUUACAACAGUGCGGACGAGCGGUUUGAUGCCACCUUCCACACCAACGUACUAGUGAAUGCGUCGGGUUACUGCCAGUACAUCCCCCCUGGCAUCUUGAAGAGCACCUGCUACAUUGACGUGCGUUGGUUCCCCUUCGACGUGCAAAAGUGUGACUUGAAGUUUGGCUCUUGGACGCACAACGGCUGGCUGCUGGACCUCCAGAUGCUGGAUGUGGACACAUCCACCUACAUACCCAACGGGGAGUGGGACCUUGUGGGUGUGCCAGCCAAGCGCAAUGAGCUGUACUAUGAGUGCUGUAAGGAGCCCUACCCUGAUGUGACAUUCACGGUCACCAUGCGCCGCAGGACACUAUAUUAUGGACUCAACUUGCUUAUCCCAUGUGUGCUGAUCUCUGGCUUGGCCCUGCUGGUCUUCCUGCUACCUGCAGACUCUGGAGAAAAGAUUUCUCUGGGCAUCACUGUGCUCCUUUCGCUAACUGUCUUCAUGCUUCUGGUAGCAGAGAUCAUGCCGGCCACGUCCGACUCUGUUCCUCUCAUCGCCCAGUACUUUGCCAGCACCAUGAUGAUAGUGGGGAUGUCUGUGGUGGUGACAGUUAUAGUCCUGCAGUUUCAUCAUCAUGACCCUCGGGGAGGCAAGAUGCCCAAGUGGGUUCGGGUGGUUCUGCUUCACUGGUGUGCCUGGUUUCUCCGUAUGAAACAACCCGGCGAUGAGCGCAAACGGUCUGGUUACAAGCAAAGUCAAUCCUCCCAGCACCACUCCAGCACCAGCUCCAUAGAGAUGGGCACUUUACCAAGCAUCAAUAUGCCCCUCUCACAGACAUCCUGCCCCACAGGCACCUCCAACGGUUCCAUGAGUCUCUACUUUGGCAAUUACCACCCCAUAGAGAGCCCACACUGCCCGACUUCUAGCGACUCCGGGGUAGCACUAGGGGGGCGUGCCCAUGGCUCCCUCAGUGAUGAAGCUGACCCAUCUGGAGGAGUUGGUAUUGGUGUCGGAGGCCUUGGGAUGGGAGUUGGACCUGGGAUGGGAGUCUGCAUCCCCCCACCAGAGAUCCAGCGCAUCUUGGAGGAGGUGUCGUACAUUGCCCAGCGGUUCCGGGACCAGGACAAGGCUGAGGUCAUCUGCAGCGAGUGGAAGUUUGCAGCGGCGGUGGUGGACCGGCUGUGCCUGGUCGCCUUCUCUCUCUUCUCCAUCAUUUGCACCUUCACCAUCCUCAUGGCAGCACCCAACUUCAUAGAGGCUGUUUCCAAGGACUUCACAUAGCUGGUUGCAGCAGCAGUAGAGAGAGAAGGAAGACAGCAACAGAUCAGGGUCAAGAAGUGAUUCAGAGAGAAAGUGGAUGGGGGGAAGGAUACAAUGAAGGGUGCUGUACAUGUUCCCCAACCUACAGCCAGGGUACCUCAUUUGAAAGGAACUGGGCCACGCAGUGUUUUAUGAUAAUAAAAAAAAUUAACUCAAGAAAUGGAAUCUUGCAUUUCUGCCAAGCUGCUGAGUCAUGUAGUCAAUUUAACCAAUCAGGAAACAAAAUAUUCACAAUUGAUGAAUCAGUAAUUACAAAGAUGGAUCAUAAUAUUACAUUAGCACUUUCUAAAUGUAAGAAUAUAAUCAUAAGUUCAUUGUCCCACUCUGUGUUGAUGUCAGAGACAAAGUGUUCAUGUCUAGAAGAAGAACAUGGGUUGGGCAUGCAGGUUGGGAAGUAGAGGACGGCACUGUAUAGAAUUUCUUUUUUACGUUGAGUACGAUUUCAAUAAGGGGAAGAUAAUGUGGCAGCUAAUUGUCUUUAGCCUGAAAACAGUGUAAAUAUCAUUGUUUCUGCAAACUUAAUUUACUGUACAAUGACUCAUACAACACCCUCACUGCCUCUUCUCUAGUUCUUGUCAAUCAUCUCAACAUAUAGCUCAUACACCUACUGCUCACCUUCUGAACUCUUAAUAACAAAAUCAGGCUUUUUCUGAUGAAGUACCAUCCCUGUAAUGAUAUUAGGUUAGUUAUUAAAACGAGAUGUUUCACUGUGAAAUGUAUUGUUUUUGCUUUCACUUUGACAUCAGAAAUCAACUUGACUGCUGUGACACAAGUGUAAAUGCAUUUUCUUUAUUCAUCAGAGUAGGAAUGCUUAUUUAGGAUCACUUUUCACUUUGUCUUGCCUGUUUACUUUUAGCCAAAAAUAAUCUGUAACAUAAGAACGGUUUGGAACAAUGUUGUAAUGAAACAUCCAGUAUAUAGUAUCAAAAGGCACCGUGUCGACUAGUAUGUACUGGUGUUGACCAGUAACACAAACGGCACAGGUGUCUUUCUAAAAUACAUUCAAAUAGUGUAUGUUGUAUGUACCUUGUUGGACUUCACUGUACAUAAGUAGUCACUGAGAGAUGAAGAGUGACGUGACUCUUGAACCUCUGACACCACAGACAAUGGCUAGAGGCUCACAGCAAGAAGAAAACUUCACAACCUCCUCUGCCACCAUAUCACAGGAGAAUAUUCUGUAGAUUCAAAAAAGGCCCAAGUGUCAGUAAGUCUUGUCCGUGUUUUGUAGAGGGAGCCGAGUGAGACUGCUUCACACAACAAAGUUGUUAACGUGUUUAGUGUCACCUCUUUGUCGUAGCUACAGUUAUUGGUGUCUUUAUCUCUUUCUCUGUCAUACCAAGUGUGAGUUUUUUGCUCUCUAUAAUAAUAAAAGUAUAUUUAUUCUCU